AUGACCGAUGAUCUUAUUCAAACAGUUAUACGAGAUCCUAGCCAGCGUUUUCUUCUCGAUCUCGAAUUUGUUCAAACACUAGCCAAUCCUCAAUAUUUGAAUUUUCUCGCUCAACGAAAUUAUUUUAAAAAUCCAGCCUUUAUCAAUUAUUUAAAAUAUUUACUCUACUUUAAAGAAGAAAAUUACAUCAAAUAUGUUCGUUACCCUCAAGCACUUUACUUUCUGGAUCUUCUACAACGUGAACAAUUCCGACAAGAACUAGCCAAUGCUAGCUAUUGUCGAUAUAUCGAAGAUCAACAGGUGCACGCUUGGCAGCGACUUCAACGUCGAAAAAAUCAACUUUUGACCAACCCAACGGGCAUUUCCACAUCAACUGCAAAUAAUAACAACAAUAACGAAACAGAAACACCCAAUACCCAAAAUAGUACGAAUGCAAUCUCAACCUCCACAACAGCAAAUAAUCGUUAA